AUGGAGUUUGUGGACCCGUCCGUCAUCGACAACUGCUCCUUCCACACGUGUGAGCGGUAUGCUUGGUACGAGCGCGAACGCGUCGUUUCGUUUGUGCCGCUCGACGAACACUUGGUUGGAGGACAUGCAAUACAGGGAACGACGGAAAUCCUUCUCCCGUGGUACUAG